AUGGACUCAAUCCCAUCGGUGGUCAAAGAGGCGGUUCUCGCAGACAUCGAUUCUGGACUCAUAUCCCUGAGUUCACUUCCCGAUACUGAAGUUGGUUCCCUACUUAAGUGUCGAGACGAGCCGUACGAAGAGGACCUCUUAGAAAGUGAUGCAUUCAUCCGCCGAAAGAGCGGAUGUACUAUAUUUCUGGGCUAUACUUCUAAUAUGAUCUCAAGUGGUGUGAGGGAUACCAUUAGAUUUCUGGUUCAGCACAGAAUGAUCGACUGCAUUGUGACCACUGCUGGCGGUGUAGAGGAAGACAUAAUCAAAUGCUUGGGGCAGACAUUUGUGGCCGACUUCAACAUAAGUGGCGCUAAAUUACGAGAUGAGGGCAUCAAUAGAAUCGGGAAUCUAUUGGUUCCCAACGAUAAUUACUGUAAGUUUGAGAACUGGGUUCAACCGGUUCUCAAUCAGAUGUUGAGUGAACAGAAGGACAGCCAACAGAUUUGGUCGCCGUCUAAGAUAAUCACGCGUUUGGGAGAGAAGAUCAAUAACGAGGAGUCGAUCCUGUAUUGGGCCGCAAGGAAUCACAUUCCGGUGUUCUGUCCGGCGCUCACCGAUGGCUCGUUGGGUGAUAUGAUUUACUUCCAUACCUUUCGAAAUCCCGGUCUCGUCAUCGAUAUUGUUCAGGAUAUUCGAAGAAUCAAUACAAUGGCUGUGAAGGCCCGCAAGUCAGGAAUGGUUAUAUUGGGCGGCGGUUUAGUCAAACAUCACAUCUGUAACGCAAACUUAAUGCGAAACGGCGCCGACUUUUCUGUCUUCAUAAACACGGCCAAUGAGUUCGAUGGCAGCGAUGCCGGCGCCCGACCUGACGAAGCCGUUUCGUGGGGUAAGAUUAAGAGAGAGGCAAAACCGGUCAAAAUAUACGCCGACGCGUCCCUUAUAUUCCCACUACUGGUGGCCGAAACGUUCGCCAGAUAUCAUCACUACAGGUGUGCUAAAGACAUGCCUUUUGUUGAGAAUAUAUGA